CUAAGUGUAUCCACAUGCAGGGAUGAGCACUGUUGAUCUUCCUCAACUCCCUCGCUUUCCUCAUCCCAUCUCAAAACCUUGACGGGAAUUUGAAAUUUCCGGGCUCGUGCUGGAAGCUGCCAUUGGCCCAGGAGGCUCUUACCUACAUGCAAAUGAAGCAACGCAAGCUUGCUGCCUCUGAUCCAGAGCGUGAGGAGGAGGAUCAGGAAUACACUCAUGUUCCCCGAGCUCCAGAAAAAACACCUCCAACUCCUUCAAUGUUAUACCUGCACAAUUAAACGGGCUACAAAAAGAGGACAAAGGAGGCAGUCUAAUUUUUACGCACCAGUCCUAUAGAAAGCAAUAACGGAAUACAAAAGGGACAGACAGAUUCAGUCAAUACUUCAAUACUGUUAUGAAGCGAGAAUGAGUAGCGCAGAAGACAGCGGGAACAAGUGCUCGUCGGGCCCGAUUUCCAGCUUUACCAUUCAGUCGAUUUUGGGCACGCAGUCCGAUGCGCCGCGCUCCGGGACCAAGGAGCUCUCCAAGGGGCCGCCGCCGCCGCCGCCGCGGAGGCGCUCGCUGUCGGUGUCCUCGGAGGAGGAGUGCAGCGGCGGGGAGGACUCAGCGGACUGCUUCUGCUCCGACACGGGUCACAGCGAGCCAUGCAGCCAGCACCAAGCUCACGGCUUCUCGUGUUUAGGUCCCGCAAAAGGACUACUGCCCGGAAGCGAAGGGCUCGCGCGGCGGCCGCACCUGCCGCAACCUCUGCUGCAGGAUUACAAAGAGGAGCAGGAGAGGCCGUGCCAUCAAAUGUCACCCCUGUCGGAGGAGAGACAGUCGGACGGUGCCGACAAGCAGGGCAACUCGGCCAAGAAGAAGACGCGCACGGUUUUCUCCCGGAGCCAGGUGUACCAGCUGGAGUCCACGUUCGACAUGAAGCGCUACCUGAGCAGCUCGGAGCGGGCCUGCUUGGCGUCCAGCCUGCAGCUGACGGAGACUCAGGUCAAGACGUGGUUUCAGAACAGGAGGAACAAAUGGAAACGGCAACUGUCGGCCGAACUGGAGGCGGCCAACAUGGCCCACGCCUCCGCACAGACACUAGUGGGAAUGCCGCUGGUUUUCAGAGAUAACUCCUUGUUGCGAGUUCCGGUUCCCCGGUCCAUCGCCUUUCCGACGCCCCUGUACUACCCGGGGAGCAACCUGCCAGCGCUACCUUUAUACAACCUGUACAACAAAAUAGAGUAUUGACUGACUCUAGUGUAUGAUAACCGCUCAAGUCCACGUAAAACGCAUUAAAAACAAUACAAACCUUCUUAUAAGUGUCUCCACAUAACCCUUGUAUAAUAAUUGUAUCUAUUUGUUGAGGGAAUUUUUAAUAUGCAGCAACUUUGUGUUUCACAAGAAAGCAAUCAAGCUUCCCUAUAUGUAUAAAAUACACCGUGUGUAUAAUUAAUUAUAAUAAUUUUGUACUUUUAUUUUCUUCUCUUCGUUCUUCUCUGAUAACGCGGGAGUUUAGCCUUCACAUCCCAUUCAAGAAAAAUAGAUGCCACAUCUAUAAGCAUCAAUGCAGUGCUGACAGGAAAAACCACAAAUCUUCCAUUUCAAGACAAAUAUCAUUGUUUCUAUUGUAAUUUAAAUCUUCAGUAAUAACAUACACAUUCAAUAAAUUUUCUAUUUCAGUGAA